UUCUGUAGUUCGCUUCAUGCACGCCCCUUUCCAAACCCAAAAAUGGGAAAACCCCAAUAUACAAAUAUUUUAGCUGAACCGACCACAACCUACCACAAUGAUGAGGAGAUGAGGAUUGUGAUGGUGGGGAAGACCGGAGUUGGGAAGAGCUCCACAGGAAACACCAUCCUGGGAAAACACCACUUUAAAUCAGAGUUCUCCCCUAAGUCUUUGACUGAACACUGUGCUAAGGCCAAGGGUGAAGUGGAUGGAGAAAAGGUUGCUGUCAUCGAUACCCCGGGUCUGUUCGACACAAGGAUUGUUCAUGAUAAAAUCAGUAAAAUAUUGCCCAGAGCAUUUCUUACUUCUCCUGGACCUCACAUCUUCCUGGUCGUCAUCAGACUGGGCCGACACACAGACGAAAAAAAGAAGACGGUGGAGAAGAUUCAGGAAAUCUUUGGAGAGGAAGCUGACAGAUACAGCAUGGUUCUCUUUACCCAUGGUGACCAGCUCAAAGGGAAACCUAUUGAGGAGUUUUUGAAGGACAGCGAAGACCUGCAGGAACUCGUGGACAAAUGUAACGGCCAGUACCACGUCUUUAAUAAUGAGAUGAAUGAUCAUUCUCAGGUCAGCGAGCUGCUCGACAAGAUCAGAACUAUAACAGAGAAGAACGGAGGAAGUCAUUACACCACUGAAAUGUUCCAGAGGGCAGAGAGGGCGAUAGAAGAGGAGAAACAACGAAUCCUUAAAGAGAAAGAAGAGCAAAUGCGCAAAACUGAAGAAGAAAUGAAGAAGAAACUAGAGGAAAAGUAUGAGCAACAAAUAAGGGAACUAGCGGCUGAUAGAGAGAGGAUGCAACAGGCAGCUGCAGCUCGUGAUAGAGAAAUAGAGGAGGAGAGGAAAAGAUAUAGAGAACAGCAGGAAAAUCUGGCCAGACAGCAAGCUGAGAACAGUAAUCCAAUAUCACAAGCUGAGAACAGUAAACCAAUAUCGCGUUUCUUCAGUUCUGUGUUCAAUGCAAUGAAACGAAACACCAUCCUGGGAACAAAGUACUUCAAAUCAGAGUUCUCCCCGAAAUCUUCGACAACAGUCUGUAAAAAGGCCUUUAGUGAAGUGGAUGGACAAAAGGUCUCUGUUAUUGACACUCCGGGUCUGUUUGACACUAGGAUUGAUGAAGAGAAAACCAAGAAAGUUAUUGUCCAGAGCAUUUCUUAUGCUUCCCCAGGACCUCACAUCUUCCUGGUUGUCAUCAAACUGGGCAGAUUCACAGAGGAAGAGAAGAAGACGGUGGAGAAGAUUCAGGAAAUCUUUGGAGAGGAAGCAGACCGAUACAGCAUGGUUCUCUUUACCCAUGGUGACCUGCUCAAAGGGAAACCUAUCGAGGAGUUCUUGAAGGACAGCGAAGAGCUGCAGGAACUUGUGGACAAAUGUAACGGCCAGUACCACGUCCUCAAUAAUGACCUGAGGGAUCGUUCUCAGGUCACGGAGCUGCUCGACAAGAUUAGAUAUAUAACUGAGAAGAAUGGAGGAAGCCAUUACAGCACUGAAAUGUACCAGAGGGCAGAAAGGGCGUUAGAAGAGAAGAAAAAAAUAAUGUUGAGGCAGAAAAAAGAGCAAAUGCGCAAAGAGUUGGAUAGACUUGAGAAGAAAAUAAGGGAAGCAAACAAAACUGGAGCAUCUCCGGUCUCUCUCCUUGGGAGGCCCCACCUACAGAUCUCUUUUUCUGGGUGCCAAGCCCCCAAAAUCUCCCUCCUGGGUCCCUGUCCUUUUAGGUACCACGUAUGCCAGUAUAACAGACCCCUGAUGGUUGGAGGAUGUAUUGUAUUUUCCUUCAGAGGUCAAUAUAGGCAAAUGUGCAGGUCCAAGUUCAUGAAAUAUCAUAUCAUUACAAAUGCAAUAAACUAUACAAAUAUUACAUUCUUUAUGCGUGAACUGACCACAACCUACCACAAUGAUGAGGAGAUGAGGAUCGUGAUGGUGGGGAAGACCGGAGCUGGGAAGAGCGCCACAGGAAACACCAUCCUUGGAAAACACUACUUUGAAUCAGAGUGUUCCCCUAAAUCUUUGACAAAACACUGUAAAAAGUCUUGUGAAUUGGAUGGACAAAAUAUUGCUGUUGUUGACACUCCGGGUCUGUUUGACACCAACACUGAUGAAAAGGAAACCAUUAACAAUAUUGUCCAGAGCAUUUCUUAUGCUUCUCCUGGACCUCACAUCUUCCUGGUCGUCAUCGGACUGGACCGAUUCACAGAAGAAGAAAAGAAGACGGUGGAGAAGAUUCAGAAAAUCUUUGGAGAGGAAGCAGACAAAUACAGCAUGGUUCUCUUUACCCAUGGUGACCGGCUCAAUGGGAAACCUAUCGAGGAGUUCUUGAAGGAAAGCGAAGACCUGCAGGAACUUGUGGCCAAAUGUAACGGCCAGUACCACGUCCUCAAUAAUAAUGAGAUGAAUGAUCGUUCUCAGGUCAGCGAGUUGCUCGACAAGAUCAGAACUAUAACAGAGAAGAACGGAGGAAGUCAUUACACCACUGAAAUGUUCCAGAGGGCAGAGAGGGCGAUAGAAGAGGAGAAACAACGAAUCCUUAAAGAGAAAGAAGAGGAAAUGCGCAAAACUGAAGAAGAAAUGAAGAAGAAAAUAGAGGAAAAGUAUGAGCAACGACUAAGGGAACUGGCGGCUGACAUAGAGAGGAUGCAACAGGCAGCUGCAGCUCGUGAUAAAGAAAUAGAGGAGCAGAGGAGAAAAUACAGAGAAGAGCAGGAAAAUCAGGCCAGACAGCAAGCUGAGAACAGUAAUUCAAUAUUGGGUCUGAUAAAACGUUUCUUCCGUUUUUUGUUUGGGUAAAAUAAGAAAUUUGCUGGUUUGCAAGUGAAAUUCUGACUUGCUGAACAGCAGCAGCUUUAACAAUCUGUUCUCUUCACAGCUGCUUUUAGAUUUUCAUGUGUAGUGCUUCAAUGUCAAAUAAACUACAUUUCACAGGUUAAUAAUUGUACAAGAUAAUUGAUACAUGUUUAGUAGUACAGCUUGUAAAGAGCAUGUUUCCAUGGUGAUCAUAAAAUAAAUCUGAUAAUAAAUGAGUUAUGCUUUCCUGACAUCAGUCAGAGGUUGAAGAUAAUAAAUACAGGACAUGAAGGUCUCCUUCCAUUUAAUGUGACUUACAUCUCACACAGAACCAGGUAGAAGAAGAAAA